CAAUGGUUCAAACUGUCCAGGCUCUCGAUCAAGAGUUUCAGGAGUUUUUCAGGAAGCUCGAUGAACAAAAUCUCUCUCAAAAAGACUAUCAAAAAAUAUGUCGUCCCCUAAUUGUUCAUUUAAGGAUGAAAUUGCUAAAGAAAUAUUUUUUUAUUGCUCUAUUGUUGGUUAUUCUGUGGAGUAUUUCUCAAGUGUCAGUGGUAAAUUGGAAUUUAGUGGCCAUUGGAAGGAUUAUCCUAAUCAAAUUGUUGCCAUUCUGGAAUUGGACCCAUUUACACGAUGCAAAAUGUUUGCUGGAUUAUCCUUUGGCGUCAAACACAGACGACCACGUGGUCAGUGAGAAGCCCGCCUUGGAUUGCUCCGUUUGUGAAAAUAUAGACUCAAUUCAAACAACUUGGAACACUGACUAUACAUUCAUCAAUGAGGAAUUUCUGGAACGGGGACUCCCAGUGAUUCUAAUAAAUUCCCAUCCUCCGUGGCCAGAAGAUAAUUUCACGCAACACCUGCUAACACUAGAGCCUCUAAUGGAAUCAAGUCCCUGCGAAAUGAGCUCCAAUUUGAUUGUGCGUCGUCUGGCAAAUUUACACGAGCUCAUUGAGCGUGUGCAGAAAGUAGAUGAACAAUCCUGGUUCAUCCACUUCCGCAACUGCGAUUUUCCUGCAGUUAAAGCCAGUCGAUUGAUAGCAUCUCGUCCAGGAUUCUUCUCGCCCCAUCUCGAGCCAGCGUACUCUUCAUGGGUCCUCAUGUCUCGCAAUUACGAUUAUCCAGCACCCAAAGAGCUCACCCUCGAGGGAAUCGUUCUCGUGCGUCAGUUGCUGGGACGUGGAGUGUUUAAACUGAGUGGUCGGGGGAAGUGUCUGGAGGAGUGUGGGAAAUACAUUGUGAAUGUGAAGAGUGGAGAGGCACUGCUUUUUACAACAGAUCUUUGGGACUUCUCGUAUUACACCAGUGAAUCCUCCAUAAAAUCAGUCACUUUCAUUACAGAAACCCACUUUGAAUUGUGA